AUGGAUCCGGUGCUACUCGAGCGUGAACGCGUUCUGUUCCGGCUGAACGAAGAAAUAAACGCCAAGUCACGGGGUCUGUUCGAGCUGAACGAGAACGUCAGCUGGAUGACAACGAAGCGCCGGUUGCGCCACGGUAUGAAGAAGCUGAACAAUGUGCCCGUCCUGGGACCACCGGGCGAUGAGUCGUCAUCGUCGGAGCUGGGUGCAUCGAUCGAUACGACGGAUAAGGAGAGCGGUGCGACCACCGGCGGAGGCGCCGGGACAGGAACUGGGUCGGACGAGGAGCCGGAAAGUGACGACCGUUCGUCGGCUGUUAUCUUCGCGGUGGUCCGCGACGGUGAGAAGGACACACACGGUGGUCGGGAACAGCAGCGAGAACAGGAACCGGCCUCAACGUUGACGACCCUCACCGAGAUACGGUGCGAUGCGAUACAGGAAGAGCAUACGCGAGCGAACAAUACCAACCAACAGCUGCAGCUGGUGAAGGUCACGACCGUGUCGGUGGAGCGCAAGGUAAGCAAUGGGCAGCGGAUGUCGGGCGGGACCGGCACGCCAGGUGGUGGUGGAAUGCUGAUCGCUAGCAAAUCGGUGACAUCGGCAGCGACGGCCCGCAAUCUCAGCAAAAACAUGGCCGACGUCGUACCGAAGGUGCUCGAGAAGAAGAACAUCAGCUCGGAGGGACUGAUCAAGUUUCUCAAAUCCAAAGUGGCUAUCCUUCAGACGGAGCUGGAAGCGAGCCAGAAGCAGAAUGAGGCGAAUGUCAAGGAUCUAAAUUUGGCACUCGAUCGCCUGAAGCAACUCGAAGCGUUGAAGGAACAGCUGCUAACGAAGAACGGUGCGCUCGAGCGUACGGUUAAGAAGUUUGAGGAACGCAACGUGGAGCUGGACAAGAUGCUAAAGGAAAAGGACGCCCAGCUGAACGUCUCGGCGAAGGAGCUGUUUGGGGCACGGUCGGAGAUUCGUAACCUGGCCCAUCUCAACCAAACGCAGGAGAAGCGUCUGUUCAAGACGCAGGAGGAGGUCGAAAGUUUGCGCAUCAAGCUGAGCAUCGCGAAUGAUUCGGAAAAGGAAACACGUGAUGCAGCUCGGCAGGAGCGUCUCACCUACGAGAAGCAGAUAAGACAGCUCCGCAAGCAACGUACCGAGGUGUUGGCCGACUACAAGAAGCUGCUGCUGAGCGUCGAUCAGAUGAAGAAGCAACAGUUCAACCAGGAACAGUCGAGACAGAUAAACGACUUUGAAAAAGAUUACUUACGGCAUCUAGACGAGGCUGCAUCUCCACCACCAGUGCAGUAG